UUGAUUCAAGGUGCACGGCGCGAACCUUCCCGGAGAGAUGUUCCGCUUCAUAUUGGUGCUGGCCUGCUGCCAGGCCGCUUUGGCCCAAGGCUACGACUACGCCGCCCCGAAGCUAUCUUCAAACCGAAACUCGGCCCGCAGUCAAGACACUCAAUAUUCCGGAGAAUACUCCGGAUCGCAAUAUGCAGGCGAUCAGUACAACAUGGGGCGCCGCAAUCAGUCGUACUUCGGUGCCAAGUACCAAACCACCGCCAUGCUGGCCUCCAAAUUCAGCCACUUGACGAAGACGUGGAAAGCGGGAAGCAACCCGAAAGCACCGGCGGGGUACCGCUCAGGAGUCAACAUGGCUGAUCUGGAGCGCACCAAGCUACCGCUCGGAAUCUUGGCCGAUCUGGAGGAUUUGGAUCUACCGGAAACUUUUGAUGCCCGUCAGAAGUGGCCAGAGUGUCCAAGUUUGAACGAAGUUCGCGAUCAAGGUUGCUGCGGAUCGUGCUGGGCCAUCUCGGCUGCAUCGGCGAUGACCGAUCGUUGGUGUGUCCGUUCCAAGGGCAAGGAGCAGUUCUCGUUCGGAGCUUUCGAUCUGAUGUCGUGCUGCCAUUCCUGCGGGCAGGGUUGCCGCGGGGGUACUCUCGGACCAGCAUGGCAAUUCUGGGUCGAAAAGGGUCUGUCUUCAGGAGGUCCCUUGAACUCACGUCAGGGUUGUCAUUCCUAUCCGAUUGGUGAGUGCCGCGUACCCGGCGAGGAUGAGGAUGCUCCCAAGUGCUCUAAGAAGUGCCAAACCGGUUACAAUGUGACCGACGUGUGGCAGGAUCGUCACUACGGACGUGUGGCGUACUCGGUUCCCAAUGACGAGCGUAAGAUCAUGGAGGAGAUCUACGUCAAUGGACCGGUGCAGGCCGCUUUCUACACCUAUUUGGAUUUCAAUGCCUACAAGAGCGGAGUAUAUCGGCACGUGUGGGGACCCAUGUCCGGAGGUCAUGCCGUAAAGCUGAUGGGAUGGGGCGAGGAGUUCGGAGUCAAGUACUGGUUGGUGGCAAACUCGUGGGGUCGCGAGUGGGGCGAGAAAGGAUUCUUCCGGAUGGUGCGUGGCGAGAACCACUGCGGUAUCGAGGAGAACGUUCACGCUGGGUUGCCGAACUACCACAGACAGGGUGAAGCUGGCGAGUACUACGCCGGUUAUGGUUAUAACUGAAGGAUGGCGAAAGAUUGUG